CAGUUAACUUAUCUUGCAUUAUCAAAAUACCUUGACAAAAUGCUUCUUCUUGCCACGAUAGUAUGAAAACGUGAUGUGUUUUGCCACUUUCCGCCGGCGCCUUCUCUUUCUACCUGGCGACCCACUAUGGGGGGAGCCAAUGAAUGGAAUAGUCCAUUAAAUGGAAUUAAACAGUUGGUAAGAGUAGUUGCGUAUUAACAGUAAACGUGUACUUGGCAUUACCGCGAUCUAAUGAUUUAACACUAUCUGUUUUUGCGCUAUCCUACUCCCCCUCCCCCUAACACCAAGUUCAGAAUGGUAUGUUCCUAGAGAUCAGGUCGAAAUUUGGACAAAAAUGCCCGUGCAGGUGGCGGUUAUACACCCGGAAAGCUGGUGCCCCCCCGCCAUAAAAAAGCAAAGAAAAAGAACAAUGCCCGCACAGAGCACUUAAUGUGUGAAUAUUUCAGUAGGCCUAAUAUGACAUUGACAAGAACAUUAAUUAAGAAGACAGCGCAAGGGGGUAAAAAGUUAAUAAGAUGGAUGCAGACGGAGAGGUUGUUGGCAACGAAGAAACGAUGCCCUGUGUGCAACAACAGAAUGAAAUUCAAAAGAACCAACACAACCAAGGAUGGAUAUAGGUGGUGCUGUAGAAGAAGAACUCACAAGGACAGGGCCAUCCUGAGGUCCAUCAGAGAGGGCUCAGUUUUCUCCAGAUCACAUAUUCCAUUACCAUCAUGGAUGAAACUUAUGCACAGUUUGUCACAGGGCUUGAGGAAGAGACAAGUAGACAUGAUAGAGGAUGGAGUAUGUGGAAGCAGCAAAUCACUGACCAGAGUAACUACGCUGUUGCGAGAAAUCUGUGGUGAAGCAGUUAGGCGACUGGAAAGAAGACGGAAAAUGAGAAUUGGAGGGAGGAGAGCUUUUGUAGCAAUAGAUGAGAGUAAAUUCAGACACAAACAGAAGUAUGGACGUGGACGACAUGGACCUACCUGGCGAAGACGCUCGUGGGUCUUUGGAAUGCUGGAAGUGAAGAGGUCCCGUAGACAUCCUGUCUUAAAGCUGGUGGAAAAUCGAUCCAGGAUGCAAUUACUCACAAUAAUCCGAAAAUAUAUCAGACCUGGAAGUGAGGUGAUUAGUGAUUCCUGGCGGGCCUACAACAGAUUGUCACGUGAAGGAUACAUUCACUAUCAGGUGAAUCACCAGAGACAUUUUGUACACCCUGGAAGUGGUGCUCACACACAGCACAUUGAACGGGGAUGGCAAAGUUUCAAAGAAGGCAUCUACAGAUACAGGGGAAACCUGACAGAGAGGGCCUUAAAAAUGAACUUACGGUUCAUAGAAUGGAACCACUGGCUUGGAAAGGAGCAUAGGAAAGGCAUUCUUGGACGCUUACUUAAAGACAUAAGAGCAUGUUACAAAGUGUAACAACCUUCCAAUCCUUUCUCUUGUUUCAAAAACUGA